GUGAUUUCUGGAGCCUACAGUUGGUGUUUUUUACUGAUUGCCUACACGUAUUUAUUCCUCCCCUUCUCGCCCCUCCCCACAGCGUUUUUUUUCUCUUUCACUCUUCCCACUCCGCAUCUUCAACGCGUCUCAACGUCAUCUACAACAACAUCGCGACAACGCGUCACAUUCAUCUCUUUUCAUCAAGACUUUAUCACCUUAAUCUAUCAUCAUGACUGGACGUGGCAAGGGCGGCAAGGGUCUCGGCAAGGGUGGUGCCAAGCGCCACCGAAAGAUCUUGCGAGACAACAUUCAGGGAAUCACCAAGCCCGCUAUCCGACGUCUCGCUCGUCGUGGCGGUGUCAAGCGUAUUUCUGCUAUGAUCUACGAGGAGACCCGUGGUGUUCUCAAGACCUUCCUUGAGGGUGUCAUCCGUGACGCUGUCACCUACACUGAGCACGCCAAGCGCAAGACUGUCACCUCCCUCGACGUCGUCUACGCUCUCAAGCGACAGGGACGUACUCUCUACGGUUUCGGUGGUUAAACGGUUUUCUCCCUUGUUUGGUGGCUCGCUCUUGAGAAGGAUUAUUCAGCUGCGCUUAUACGGCACUGGGAUGGAUGUAUUUGACUAAGGCGUUGGGGAAACGGAUAUGAUAUUACCAUGGGCGUCAUGGAAGACGACCUUGCAAAUGAAUACCACAUUGAACAUUGAACACUUGAUAAUUCUGUAUCACUUCCGACAUAUACCUUCAUGACUCAGAUUUCAAGCGUAGUAUUAGGGUUCAUGUAAUAGAAAUUUGACACCGUAUCAAGGCAUGAACAUCAGAUAUAAUGUGUUGUAUUAAGUUGCAAACAUGGUAUCAUAAGAACGCGAAGUUAUCUGUCCAACAUUCAGAGGUACUUCCUCCCAGCUGCCGCUACCCUUGUUCUGAAGACAGGGCUACGCACCUCCAUGUUGGCGUGGUAGAAAGGACUCAUGAUAGCCUUGACCCAAUUCUCAUAAACUUCCGUAAAGAACAUUUUGAUGGCUUCUUCGGUAGCUGGACUUGUGGGAUUAGCCCCGAUGGCAGUUGAUGACCGCGAUGACGCUCCUGUCGGGAUGAUGGGUUGAUGGAGUAGGAGAAAUUUGACGUUGCUAGCGGUGACGAAGCAUGAUAUAUAGUUGUUGAAGAACUUGUCAAUACACUUGAGAUACCUGUAGAAGAGCCAGAGUUUAGUAUCAUAUCGCGUCG